UAGAAUGGUCGACUCCCACCUGAUCUCGCCUGACUUCCAUCUUUGAGGACAUGUAUUACCAUUGUUAGAGUGGUCACUUGAAUAUCUUGUCAACAUAAAGGACAAUCUUCGUUGUGAAUUAAAUGUACAAAUAUGGCGGAGGCUUCCUUUGGAAGUACAAGCCCAGAAGAUCAUGACUUUGAUCCAACAGCAGAGAUGUUGGUCCAUGACUAUGACGAUGAGCAAACUUUGGAGGACGAGGAGAUGCAGGAGGAAGGGACAAGCGUCAGCGCUGAAAUAGCAGAUUUGGAGAAGGAGGGCAACAUGCCACUGGAGGAGCUGCUGGCUAUGUAUAGAUACGAAGCAUCAAUUGGCACCGCUGGAGGGUCCAGUGUGGGCGGCUCUUCUGUAGAACUUACGGACGAGCUACCUGAUAUGACAUUAGAUAAAGAAGAAAUAGCAAAAGAUCUUCUGUCAGGUGACGAUGAAGAAACGCAGUCCUCAGCUGAUGACCUCACACCCUCGGUGACAUCCCAUGAAACCAGUGAUUUCUUCCCCAGAACACUACGUUCUAAUGCUAUUUACGAUGGAGACAAGGAAUCGGAGGGUGAGGAAGAUGGUGUGUGUCCUGAGGACACCAGGAAGGAAAUCAUGGUCGGGUCCCAGUAUCAAGCUGAAAUCCCUGCCCUUGUCUGUUACUACGAUGCCAAUGAAAAAGUGUAUGAGAAUGAAGACCAGUUGCUAUGGCAACCUGAUGCCCUGCCGGAGCAGACGGUGAAAGACUUCCUGCAUGACACUUCCGCCCUAGUAGUUAAUGGGAAGGUGGGGCCUGCGCUGGAGAAUGGUCUCGUUCAAGACAACGAGCAGGCCUUGUAUGAGCUUGUGAAGUGUAACUACACCGUCCAUGAUGCACUGGAGCGUUAUCGCCGGAGUGAAAAGUCCUCUGAGGGUGAAAUGCCUCCCUGGUCAGAAGAAGAAUGCAGAAACUUUGAACUUGCGCUCCUCCUUUAUGAGAAGAACUUUCACCUCAUCCAGAAACAUAAGGUGAAUACAAGGACAGUCGCUGAAUGUGUCGCCUUCUACUACAUGUGGAAAAAGUCAGAACGAUUUGACUUCUUUGUCCAACAGAACCGGUUUGGGAAAAAGAAGUAUAGCAGCUACCCUGGUGUAACAGAUCUGAUGGACAGGCUGGUGGAUGAGGCUGAAGGCUUGGUGGUAGACGGGUCAGCCUCUGUGUGCUCCAGUAGCAGUGGAGGAGGUCGGAUGGAGUACUCGGCAGAGCACCAGCUCAACCUCCUUAACUCUAUCACGGCCAGCGACCUCUCUGCGUUGACCAGCAGUGUGGCGUCUGUAUGUAACCCGUCUGACGUGGGCUGCCUGGAGUCCUACAACUUUCCUACGUUAGAGGGCCUCCACCGGGGCUCCCUGAGCCAUGACGAGUCCCUGGGAUUCAUCCCCAAUGGCGCAGGAGACCCCGACUGCAUCAACCUGCUGGACGCCGGCUUCUACCACUCCGACCUGGGCCAGUUGGCCUCCUGCACGGACAACUACGACAGACCCCCCUCCAAGCGCCUCAAAAUGAGCUUGCCCGAGGCCACUGUAGAAAAUCUGGGCCUGGAUUCUGAGGCACGCCCGCAUCCUAUCACGAGCAGCAAGAUGGCAGUGUCGGUGACAGACUUUGGCAGCCUAGUGACCGAUGAGGCCAACGGCUACAUUGGAACACGACCAUGCACACACAAGACACCGGUACCAACCGCACACAGCCCUACAGUCGAAGUGAAUGGUUGCUAGGUAACCGUGUGAGAACGCCUGGAGCCCACCAUCUGUGUACAUAUUUGUUCAUUGGAGAUUAUAUUUAUUGUGUGUGUGUGUAUACAUACACAUAUGUGUAUAUAUACAUUUGUGUGUGUGUGCGUGUGUAUAUAUACAUAUAUGUAUGUAUGAUUGUACAAAAAAUUAAGAAUGCUUCCUAAUAUUGAGUUGCACCCCCUUUUGCCCUCAGAACAGACUCAAUUCUUCAGGGCAUGGACUCUACAAGGUGUCGAAAGCAUUCCACAGGGAUCCUGACAGUUGUGUCAAGUUGGCUGGAUGUCCUUUGGGUGGUGGACCAUUCUUGAUACACACUGGAAACUGUUGAGCUUGAAAACCGUAGCAGUGUUGCAGUUCUUGACACACUCAAACCCGUGCACAUGGCAGCUACUACCAUACCCCGUUCAAAGGCACUUAAAUAUUUUGUCUUGCACAUUCACUGUCUGAAUGGCACACAUGCACAAUCCAUGUCUCGAGGCUCUCCUCCCUUUAAUCUACACUGAUUUUGAAGUGGAUUUAACAGGUGACAUCAAUAAUGGAUCAUAGCUUUCACUUGUAUUUACCUGUUCAGUCUGUCAUGGAAAGAGCAUGUUCCGUACGCUCAGUUUAUAUGAUAUACAUAUGAUGUUUUUUUAUUAUGACAUCAGUGAUGUCUUCUUGUACAGCAAAAAAAAAAUAUUGAAUAUAGCCAUUUAUUUUUCCGUCCGGAAUUUUGGGAAAUGCCCAUUUGUGUCCGAAUACUGUGUGAACGGAACUACUGGUGGGAGAUUUGUGCUUUUGGGGGUCUGUUCCACAUCAGUGGAUCCCAUGAGCGUUAUCCUUCAAGUGUUGGCAAAUCUUACCACGACAUCUAUGACUAGUUCUCUUCCUCGCUGGUGUAUGAGCAGCAUUCUCUCACCAUUGCUACUUUCCCAGUGUUUACAGGUACCAACGACCUGGCCCUAAAUGUAGCAUUUUGUAAGAGGGUCCCCAGGUUUUGUAUAUUUUGUACAGAUAUACUACUUGUCAUCCAUGUGCAUAACACUUUUUUGUAAAUGUUUGCCUCUGUAUGUGUAUCCUUUUAUUUAACUAGGCAAGUCCGUUAAGAACACAUUGUUAUUUACAAUGCCUGCCUACCCUGGCCAAACCCAGACGACGCUGGGCCGAUUGUGCGCCGCCAAAUAUACUGUAAAUAAAGAGAUGUAUAUUCUGUUUUA